UGUAUCUUUCUUUCUGCUGAUUUGAUAACCAUUGGUAGUUAAUUCUGAUUCAAUGUCUCUCGGCGGUGACAGCGAAAGUAAUAAAGGAGGAUGGAGUUCCUCCCCACCUAACGAAGCAGAGGAAGAGUCCUACGAACGUUUAUUGUACAGUAUUUCGACCCAUGCAAUGCUCUCAUCAACCCCUGACAUCAAACAGUUUAUCUUCUCAACACCAUCUGAAAAUGACAAUCGUAGUGUUGUUAGCAAUGAAUCAGGAGGAUCUCCUGUCAACAGUAGUAGUACUUCAAAAGGACUCAGUAUUUUUAAAAGGAAGAAAAGUUUCACCCCUUCAUCUGGAAUAGCCGAGGCUUCUGGAACAAGUGUUGGUACUUCUGGAACGCCCAAUGCAGGAAAUGAUUUUGAAAUUAUUCCAAAAACCGUGGUUUUAAAUAGUCAAGAACCAGAAACUCAAGAAUUUCUUUUACAUCUAACUACAAUAGCUAACCAUGUAGGAUUGGAUGAACAAGAUUAUAAAUGUGCAUCGUGUGGACGACCCAUUGGUAUGAUUUAUGGUAAAUUUCGUGUAUGUGAAUUUGAUGGUUUUAAUUAUUGUACUGAAUGUCAUAUUGAUGAAAGAUGGACGAUUCCUGCCAGAAUUGUGAAUAAUUGGGAUUUUAAAAAAUAUCCGGUAGCUAAUCGGAACAAGAAACGUUUGCAGUUGAUUGAAAGUGAACCCUUAAUCGAUAUCAAAGUUUCGGCAUCCAUUCUUUAUAAAGUUGUCAAAGAGUUGCGGGAAAUUCUUGACUUGAGAACUCAAUUGUUUUACCUUCAUGCUUAUUUGUUUACCUGCAAAGAGGAACAUGCAACCAAUUUGAGAAGGAUCUUAUGGCCGAGAGACCAUUUAUACGAACACAUUCAUUUAUACUCUACUGUUGACCUUCUUCAAAUUCAAUCUGGUGCAACUCUUAGCAGUUUAUUACGCAAAGCGAUUCAUUUCGCGAGGAAACAUGUUUUAUCUUGUGUUCUUUGUAGUCAGAAAGGAUUUAUCUGUGAAAUUUGUAAAUCCAAUCAAAUAAUUUAUCCUUUUGAUACCAAGAUAACUUAUCGAUGUGAUAAUUGUAAAGCUGUUUUCCAUAUCUCAUGUUUCAUCACAGAAACAGGUAAAAGACCAUGUCCUCGGUGCUUACGUAUUAAUCGCCGUGAAAAUGCUGCUGUGAUCACUCGCCGACAGAGCAAAUCUUAGCUCAUAAGGCCAAAUGUCCAUAUAUCAAAUGAAAAAUAAUUAUACUUUGUUAUUAUUUAUGAUCAUAUAAAAUAAAUUUUCUAUUUGAAUUGUAUUUAUCUUUACGAAAUUUCACGCUAAUUUUAAUAGAUCAAGUCAUAAUAAACUAAAUUUUGCUACAAAA